CCAGCCAGCGGAAGUGAGGCCAGUUGAGGCUGGGCGGCCCGCUGUAGUAGGAGGGGCCGUGAGGUGAGUGAGUCCCGGAGCCGGAGUCUUAGAAGUUUUACAUCAGAAAACCAAGGGCCCAGGAGCAGCUCCAGCAUUGUCCAAGCUCAUGCAAUAAGUCUGGAACAGAGCCUUUAAGAGUCUGGAUUUGGAAGAGCCAUUGCUGGGUGGGGCAGCCUCUUGGGCUGGUUUUCUCCUCUGUGAAAUGGAGGGAACCCUGCUGGUCCUUAAGAUGGCCUGAUAUGAAGGAAUCACACCUCCCGACUCCCCAGGCUGCCUCAUCCUUCAAGUGCAAGAGCCAACUGAAAUGUCAGGAAUGGAAGCCAAUGUGACUAUCCCAAUCUGGCAAAACAAACCACAUGGGGCUGCUCGCAGUGUAGUGAGAAGAAUUGGGACCAACCUGCCCCUGAAGCCUUGUCCCCGGGCGUCCUUUCAGACCCUGCCCAACAUCUCUGACCUGUGUCUGAGGGAUGUGCCCCCAGUGCCUACUCUGGCUGACAUCGCCUGGAUUGCUGCAGAUGAAGAGGAGACAUACGCGCGGGUCAGGAGUGAUACACGCCCCCUGAGGCACACCUGGAAGCCCAGCCCUCUGAUUGUCAUGCAGCGCAAUGCCUCAGUGCCCAACCUGCGUGGGUCCGAGGAGAGGCUCCUGGCCUUGAAGAAGCCAGCCCUGCCAGCCCUAAGCCGCACCACAGAGCUGCAGGAUGAGCUGAGCCACCUGCGCAGCCAGAUUGCUAAGAUAGUGGCCGCUGAUGCAGCUUCAGCUUCGGCCUCAUUAACGCCAGAUUUCUUAUCUCCAGGAAGUUCAAAUGUCUCUUCUCCCUUACCUUGUUUUGGAUCCUCAUUCCACUCUACAACUUCCUUUGUCAUUAGUGACAUCACCGAGGAGACUGAGGUAGAGGUCCCCGAGCUUUCAUCAGUCCCCCUGCUUUGUUCUGCCAGCCCUGAAUGUUGCAAACCAGAACACAAAGCUACCUGCAGCUCGUCUGAAGAGGAUGACUGCAUCUCUUUGUCCAAGGCCAGCAGCUUUGCAGAUAUGAUGGGGAUCCUGAAGGAUUUUCACCGGAUGAAACAGAGCCAAGAUCUGAACCGGAGUUUAUUGAAGGAGGAGGACCCUGCCGUCCUUAUCUCUGAGGUCCUAAGAAGGAAGUUUGCUCUGAAGGAAGAAGAUAUCAGUAGAAAAGGAAACUGAUACCACUCAGCUCUGCAAACUCAGUCUCAUGCUCCUGGAAUUCCUUCAAUAGCUGCCUUCUUCACCGCAGAUGUUUCUGCCUCUCCAUUAGAAGUUUCUGCAACAGUCUUGCCGAAAGCUAGAACUUGGACCGAAAGAGCUGGCUUAUGUUUCCCAUACUUCAAACCUUAGCAGAAGCUAAGGCCUGUUUGAGCUGAGGUACCUGUUACAGGUAAAUAUAUAGGUUGGAAUGUUUCAGUCUAAGGGCUGAGCCACAAGUUUCUGGUUUUUCCCUGCCCCUGUGUGACUUAAAGGUCCGGAAUGACUGACUUCACUGCAUUAGACCCCAUAACUGGUCUCACUGGACACUGCACCCAGCUGUCACUUACUUUCAGCAGCUUCCUGGCAGCAGAGUCAAGGGAGCUCUAAAUGUUUAUGUACAUGGUCACAGGGCAGGACAAAUCUUAUGCUGCUCCAUCACACACCGGCACCAAUGCCCAGCAAUCACCCUCUCCCCUAUCCAACACCUAGAAGUAGAGGUCAGGCCUCUGAACGAGCUGACACUUGGGCUGCUUCUGGGAGGCCUGGGCUGUUUUUUUUCUUAAAUAUAUUUUGUAAUACUGUACAACCAAAUCUACCCUCCAAGGCCCUGGGGCCUCAUUGGUUCCACUGACUGAACUGUUGCUCUUCUGUGGACUUUAGUUUAAGCCCAGUAGAAGAGAGAAAUGGGAGGGGAAAGAGAAUACCAUCUUUCUUCCAGGCCCUUGACUUCUCCUUUGUGUUGGGACAUGGUUUGUACCCACACCAUGCAUGACUCAGACACCCUCAGGUUCCUUUCUCUACAGUAUGUAUUGUGUGUGUUUGGGUUGAAGCACUACCUGACAUUAAAGGAAGGAUUUGCAGAGAUACUGCAUUUGCUGUGUCCAUCUCUGAGUGAUAAUCCCCUGGUGUCCCCUACAGAUACAGGAAACAUGUUAUUAUAGUAUAUGGACUUUCAUUAACAGGAUCCUGGCUUCCCCCCUUCCCUUAUAAGGUCCUGCCUCUAGACGGAAAAACUUUCCUCAGAGACUCUUGUCCCUUUCUAUACAGAGUUUGCCCAUAGCUCUUAAAGUAGUUCCAUCUUAUAGCUUGUAAGCUUGCCCCCUAGGAGCCUUGUAGGUUCCACACCUGCAUCAUGGGAAACUGCUACCUGGUGGAUAAAAUCUUGGGUAGAACACAGGUCAAAUUAGACUCCUUUCAGAUCAGACCCCCAGCAAUGAUAGCAUAUAACAUUAAAAAGUACCUUUUUCAAAAAUAAAAUUGGUAAUGUUUUAAUUACCAUCAGAGCCAGCUUUGUAAGCAUUUAUUUGGACUCAGUUUUACAAAGGGAGUUCUCUCCCACUUUGUAGUAGAAGAGUACUAUGGUCUCAUCUAGAUUAUUAUGUAGCCCAGGCUUUUUAAGGGAAAUUUAAACAAUAUAUAACUUUAAAAUGCUAUAAGUUACCACAAAAAUAAAAGUUAAACUGCCAACAUUCUACCCUCUACCUAUCUCUCUAUCCUCUUGCCCCUGUAGACCCAGGUCAGGGAGAUGUGACUUACCACUCCCAGUGUCAGGAAUAAUGGUUCCAAGCUUAGGCUGGGUAUGUAUGAUUACAGCCAGAGGUUAAAAGUAUACACAUCUAUAAGAGGCGAUGUCUCCGUUGGGUAUCUGAAAGGGCAAAGAGGUGGCUCGCUGCAGGAUGAGUAACAGGCUCUGUUGUGGAGGGAUGAGGACCUGCCCUGCCUCCUUGGUGCUCACCAUAGCUUCGUGCAGAAAAUUUACCAGUCACCCCUAAUUCAAGGAAAGGCAUGAUGCCAACUAUACUGUCUCAAAUGUCACCACCUGCUUUAUUUACACAAAAUGUUCAGUAACAGCAGCUUCCUCCCACAUUUCCCCCUUACCCAAACAUACUUCC